AUGGACGACAGCGUGUACGUUCACCAUCCAAGGUCGGACCAGAUGCGCCAUAGUCUCUCCCGAGAUUCGAGCAUGCCCGAGGACCGGCGAUCUAUCCCGUCGCCAUCCAGUUCUGCGUACACUCACGAUAUUCCCACAACUUACGCUUCGGUCCCCUCGUUCAGCAAUUACCCCGUACCGUAUGAUUCUUCGCUUCCUACACCUGUAUCUGUUGCUGGGUCUCCCUCGAUGAAUGAACGGACCUCGAAAAUGAUGCAUUCAUAUAAUCAGCACCGGGCGGGCUCCCAGCAGCCCACCCCACCGAAUACUUCGCGGCCGUGGCCGAAUUAUCAGAUGAAUGCUGCCACUGACCUUCUAGAGAUGUCUGGUUUAGAGGCAUCUCACUCUCCCGAUCAUAGCCAACUGGUUUCGGAACCUCAGUUCCAUCAGUGGGGUCAUUAUACGGUUUCUAGCACCGAAGCACCAGAAGAGCUACCUCCGCACAUGUCACAUCCGUCAAUGUUCUCAGUAGCGCCCACGGAGUUGGUUAGGCCUUCACUUUCCAUGCACCCAUCGACCACAAUGCCCCUUUCUGCGCCAUCGUCGCAGAUUCCCAUUCUACACCAUUCCCCGGAUCCACGGGAUCUAGCUCCUUCGGUAACGCCGAUCGAUAACAUGCAUCAUCAAUACCCUCAUAUGAUGCACCACCAGCCGCAAGUAAUCGUCAAUUAUGAGCACUAUGGUAAUAGACGAAAGGCUUCUAAGAUAAGGAAUGGACGAUCAGGAAGACCUCCAAAGAGACAACGGGGUGGAAGCCGGGCUCUUUCAAAGAAUGGCGCUACGGAUUACAUGGAUCCUCAGCUCGCAUCGUCCGGUGAUGGGGCCCCAAGUUCCAAAGUGCCAGGCCGCCACAUCAAAUUGAGGCCCGACGCACCAGAGAAAGACCGGUAUAUACUGGAGCUUAGGUGCCAAAUGGAUAACGAUAAAGGAAAGGGAAUAUGGGAGGAAAUAACCAAGAAAUAUGAAGAGCGUUACGGGAAAAGAAGGCAGGAGUCGCUCCAGAUGAACCUUACUCGGGCGGUGUUAAAAUACGCAGAAUGGCCCGAGGAAGAAGAUGAGGCGCUAAAACGUGCUGUCGAGGAACUAGAUCGACGCCGUUACUCAGAUAUAGCGAAACUAAUGAAAGAAAAAUAUGGAGGCUGUCAAGCCUGGGAGUGGAAAGACGGUCACAUCUUGAAGCGGUUGAUGGAGUUGGGCAUCGAGGAGUUCGACCCUGAAGAUAUUACCAAGAAACCUCGCCGAAAACCCAAAAAGGCGAUGAGUAAACGGCCGGGUAGUAAACAACCUUGGGUCGCCCCGAAUAUGCCUCUAUACAGCGAGGACGGCCGGAUAAUCUCCUCUGAGCAGGAGAACUACAUCUUAGAAAAUUAUUGUAAGCCGGACCCCGAUUCUCCAGAUCCAAACGCCAUGCAAGGUGUCAUGGAACACCCGAACCCUUUACCCUCAAGGGGAAGCAUCGAUAGAGAUCCCGGGGAGAGUCGAAGCGAGCGAGUGGCCAAGCAAGCAUGCGAACAGCUACUCUCCAAGGGAGGCAAUCAUGUAUAUGGCGCUCUUCCCGUGGUCGACAGCCAUCCAUAG